AUGGUGAAGAAGACUGCGGAUCAACUCACGUCCAUAGAGCAUGGGGCCUUCGAUACGGCAGCUUUGCAGCAGGAAUUGGCUCAAGCUCUAGAAGAUGACCGUCUUUACAAACUCACGGAUAGUAUGAAGAAACGCGCCAUCCACACUGCAGCCAACUAUGAUGACUUCAAGAAUCUCGUGGCGUGUGCAGAUCUGAAGCCGAUAUCGCAAAAGGAACUGCGUGAUUUCUCUAGGACCGAGAGGCAGACCAACAUCUCGUAUAAAAAGAAACCCACUCAGAAGAAAUCGGGGAAUGACCGUCGUUCCCAGCCUGCAGCCCCGGCGCUAGAUGUUCCACCUGCAACUGCAGUCGAUUUUUGCCGCAACUGGAAACGAUACCUCAAGACUACCGACGCAAAAUUCAGAUAUCUGCAACUUACGACACCCGAACGACUUGCUGAUAUGUUCAAGCCAGAUAUCGAUUCAGAUUUGAUGGCGGAUAUCGUCGAAGUACUAGUAGCCUCGUGGACUCAAAAACCAGCUGAUAUAAACCCAGAGGAUCCAGCUCCACCAACGUUUGCUCUAGCCGUAAUGGAGGCGCUAUCUCAAACGACUCGCUUGUCACUCAUUCUGGACUUCUUUGAGGACCACCAAAUGGAAAAGGUGCACGAGCUUUUCAAUCUGGUGGAAACCGCAGACGAUUUAUCUGAGCAAGACCUGGAAAUGUUGCCGAGUCUAAAGGAAAAAUUCCGACUAGGCUAGGAGACUUAGGAGACCUUUUGCUUAAAAUUCUCUCUUUCGUACAAGACACAGUAAAUUAUGUUUUCCAUG